CAGGUUGUUCAAAUUAAAUUAAUGUAAUCCGAUUUGCGUCCGUGGCCCUGAACGCCACACCAGCUGACGUUUUGCUAACAGUCCGCGUUGACUACACACAGCUUGUGGCUGAAUAUAAGAUUGGAUACAGUUUCGUUUUAAUAAUAGGAUAAGAAGGGAAACAUGCUAGCAUAUAUCUGGCAGUACGUCUACACGUCCUACCUCAGGUACUGGCUGAAAUGGCUCAUUAGGCAGGCCACAGGCACGUGCGAGCUGCAGAGAAUAUGCUCGGGCUACAAACCGGGUGCCACCAGAACAACAAAAACAGAAUACUCCCUGGAGUCUUCAAAGAGCAAGCUACUAAGAGGUGCCCUGGAAUGCAGCCAGGAGACAUUGGAACAAUGCGUGGACCAAAUUAUGAAGGAGAAGCGCGUGAAAGUGCAGAUUAAUCCCUUGUUCAAAGAGAGUUUGCAUACAUCUCUGCUGCAGAUAACAGGAUACAAAAGCCUGUACAUGUCCGUGGAAGACACCAGGAAGGAAGUGUUCUGCUCGGACAGCCAACAACAUGAGGCCAUGCUGCUGAAGCUCUGGGAGCUGCUCAUGCCGAAUGUGGAGCUGGAGUCCAGAGUGACCAAGCAGUGGGGGGACAUCGGCUUCCAAGGGGACGACCCCAAGACGGACUUCAGAGGAAUGGGCAUGCUGGGCCUCAUUAACCUCCUUUUUUUCAGUCAAAACUACACAGAGGAAGCACGGAUGGUAUUGUCUCACGCAAACCAUCCUAAACUGGGGUACUCCUACGCCAUAGUCGGGAUCAACCUGACUGAGAUGGCCUACAGCCUCCUGAAGAGCGGCGCUCUCAAAGCUCAUUUUUACAACACGGUGCCUGGCGCACCUCAGCUACAACACUUUCAUCAGUUUUAUUGCUACCUGGCGUUUGAGUUUGACAAAUUCUGGAUCGCCGAGGAGCCGGAAAGCAUCAUGUUGUUCAACCAGUACAGGGAAAAAUUCCACAACGUUGUCCAGACGCAUCUGAAGGACCCCGACGUGUCUCUCACGCUCUCAUCCAUGUGAUACGCAACACCCAGAAGGAAGCACAAACAUUCCAUGUUUAGACGUGGCGAGGACGGCGGCCGCGGCGGUGAGUUGUUCAGCUCUUUUAACGAGGCAGCAGCCACAAGGCUAAUAUUGUGGUCCAAAGACACGUUGAAAAAUGUCAAAUAACGUAAACACUUUAAGUUGGUCAGCUCAGGAUUUUGAUAUAAUGUGACUAAUGCUUUUUGUUUGUUUGUGGUUGUUAAAAGCGUGAUGUAGCCACUUCAACUAUUAAACACACUUUGACGUAGAAGAAGCACACAGGUCAGAUAUGUACACUGAUAUAUUUAGGAUGCUUAUAAACAUGUUGUGACACCGUGAGUACUUCAGCUGCCUGAAGUUUGUCUUGUUAAAGUUAAAGUGCAGUUUUUCGGCGGGCACACCUGCGCCAUCCAAUAUUAUACACUAGAAAUAAUUCACAGGGACGGAACAAAAAUGGCUUCUCCGCCCCCCCCCCCCGCAGGUGUGCCUAAUAUAGCACCCGGUGCGUUCCCUCCACCGCCAGGCUCAGUUAGAGCCCUCAAACCUCUUCUUGGUGACCAUCAUGCCCCGCUUAAUUUGCUCAAAGGAGACGAACAUCACGACGUUCCACGAGCCCAGCCUCAGGAAGGAUGGUACGAAACUAUCGAUAAGACAAUACAAAAAGGGGGUUACAAUUAUGGGAUGUAUACAAAUUCGGAAGAAGUCAAGAGUGAGCGCUCACCCCUUGUAGAACGCGGUAGGCCCCUCUUUGGUCAUCAUGGUCCAGGCGCAGUUGAUGGCGCUCUUGUACUGACCCGGCGGUGAGUUCAUGUACCUGGUUUUUACCACGUCCACCGGGGAGGCGAUCACCGUGGUAACAAAGCCGGCGCCGAAGGCGGACACAAAAUGACACGGAAGAUUGUCUGCGGGGAAAUCGUCAUCAUCGGCACUUUGUACAGACGAUUAUGGUAUCAGCUGGAGGGAGGAAGGGUGGGUGUGUGGGCCCUUAACCAAUCAGUUAGAGUGUGUGUGUGUGUGUGUGUGUGUCUCACCUGACAUGAGCUUGUGUCGCAGGAUAGCCUCUUUGAUGAGGUCGUAGGUCACCAGCUCUGUGCAGUUAACCAGCGCAUUUCUUGUGAUGUUGGGUAGAGUUCCUGCACAGCACGUUUGAUAAUAAUUAAUAAUAAUAAUACCGAUGUUGGAAAAUACCUCUAAUGAAUUUGCGUUUUGAGUUUUCUUCAUUUAUAAAUAUUUAUAUGAAUUUUAGUGUUUAAAAUUGAUCACAUAUGCUUUAAAUUUGGAUGAACUGUUAUUAAUACAAUACUAAUGUUGAAUUCAUACACCGUAUUUUUCGGAGUAUAAAUCGCACCGGCCGAAAAUGCAUAAUAAAAAAGGAAAAAAACAUAUAUAAGUCGCACUGGAGUAUAUGUCGCAUUUUUGGGGGAAAUGUAUUUGAUAAAAGCCAACACCAAGAAUAGACAUUUGAAAGGCAAUUUAAAAUAAAUCAAGAAUAGUGAACAACAGGCUGAAUAAGUGUACGUUAUAUGAGGCAUAAAUAACCAACUGGUAUGUUAACGUAACAUAUUAUGGUAAGAGUCAUUCAAAUAACUAUAACAUAUAGAACAUGCUAUACGUUUACCAAACAAUCUGUCACUCCUAAUCACUAAAUCCCAUGAAAUCUUAUACGUCUAGUCUCUUACGUCAAUGAGCUAAAUAAUAUUAGUUGAUAUUUUACCGUAAUGUGUUAACAAUUUCACACAUAAGUCGCUCCCCCGGCCAAACUAUGAAAAAAAACUGCGACUUAUAGUCCGAAAAAUACGGUACCUCUAAUGAAUUUGCGUCAAAUCGCCGAAAUUUUUUCCACUAAUAUUCAUAUGAAUUUUAGUGUUUAAAAUUGAUCACAUAUGCUUUAAAUUUGGAUGAACUAUUAUUAAUACAAUACUAGUGUUGAAUUCAUAUUAAAUGAUAAAUAAUUGAUACAAUGUUAAAAUAAAUCAUGAAUGAAAAGGAGCAGAAAGAAUAAACGUAUAAUAUCUGCCCUCCAUUAUUAAUUAAUGUUAAUGAAUGAGUAGGGGCUAGGGCAAAAACAUUUUUUAAAAAAUUCAAAUUUCAAGCGUUAAAAGGGAGACGUUAGUAAUAGAAUACAAGAAUAUAGUAAUACAUUCAGUAAUACAAAAACAUUGUAUUAUUAAUAUCUGUAUGUAUUUUCAUAAAUACUAUUUAUUAUUUUAUUUACCUAAAUAUUGUUGUUUUUAAUUAUUGUUAUCUAAUUCCGUACAAUUGAUUUUACUAUCAAGUAACAUUUUUGGCCUCCGAUCACGAUCCGAUUUUUUUGUUGUUUUUUUUG